CCCGACGACCGCUUGAACAAAUUCUUUCCUGCGCCAUCCGGGUAUCACCUUACACCGGUACAAAAUGUCCACAACUGAGGAGACCAAUGCCAGCAAGAAGCGGACCCAUCCGGAAGACUUCAAGCGCGCGUACAAGGCAUGCAUCAACUGCCGGCAGCGGAAAGCAAAAUGCAUCCUGGGCACUGGACCGGAUGGUGGUGAGCUAAAGCCGCCUUGUCAAAGAUGCAAGCGAGAGAUGCGAGAAUGUGUCUUUCCUUCGGAACGGUCCUGGGUGAAGAGGCGGAAACCCGGGGAGACGAGGGACCUUGAGGACGAGGAAGAUGACCCAAUUCAAUCGAAUCCUGCGCCAAUUGUUCAACCAUCGCCUGGCCAUAGAUCAUCUGUUUCGGCGCAUGGUACAACACCGGGGUUUUCCCCACGUAUCAACGGCAGCCAUCGUUCUGACAUCCUAUCACCACCAGGCCAUCUACGCCGCAUAUCGACGUCGCAGCCAGACCUCGCCCAUUCCGUGAUGAGGACUGUCGUCUCCAGCGGCAGCGAUGCGUUGAACUUGCUUUUCGAAGCUGCUCAUCAUCGUGAUGCCAUGGAUAGCCAGGAGCAGUCAGGGUCUCAGGCAUAUGAGACGCCAAGAUCAGGGCCAUCUGGUUAUGAAGGCGUGCCUUCAUCGCCGUUCCACACCUUCAGGGCACAGCCAGUGCAGAUGUCUACGCCAUCGCCAGAGACUCUCAAAGUAUGGACCUCGUGCCGAUUCGUUCAGAUGGGAUGGUUUUCUGCACAUGAGGCAGUCACCUACGUUGACCUAUUCUUCAAGAAUUGUUCGCCUUUGUCACCAAUUCUGGGAGAGUUCUACUCUCAUCAUGAAAAUCACUACACUCUAAUUGCCCUGGAUCCGUUUCUCUGCACUACUAUACUCAUGAUCUCGUCGCGAUACAAUAUCCUCCCUGGUGUAGGCGGCGCAUCGCGCGGGUACUUCGUGCACGAUAGACUCUGGGAACAGUGCCAACGUUUCAUUAUGAAGAUCAUGCUCGGUCAGGUCAAGCCUUCCAAAGCACAGAGCAGGACGAUUGGGUCAAUUGAAGCGCUUCUGCUGCUAUCCGAAUGGCAUCCUCGUGCGCUCCAUUUUCCUACGGCUGCUGACGGCUGGGAUUGUGAACUCAUGAUCGGCGCAAACAAUACUACAGAGGAAGGCUCGAAGCUUCUUGAAGGAGACGCGACCUCAAGUCGAUGGCUUGAGGACGUCAUCGAACCCGCGAAACGCUCAGAUCGCAUGUCCUGGAUGCUGAUGGGUUGUGCCCUUUCACUAGCGCAGGAGCUGGGUCUUUUCGAGGACAACGCGAGUGUUGAUAAGGACCAGGUAUCCUAUCCCAAGUUCACUACAGAGUUCGUGAUCUUACGACGAAUUCGAGCUCGGAAGCUACUGUACGUAUUGCUGGAGCAGCUGUCAUGGCGCUUAGGUUGCACCUCUAUGAUACCACAGAGCCUCAAUCAUGCCCUGAUGGAGAAGAUCCCCGUAGACUCAGCAACGGGUGCAGUCGAACAGUGGCAGUCAUUCAUGAGCGCGUGGGUGGAGCUUACGAAGCUUGCGCGAUCCGUGUCAGACACCAUCUACCCAUCUACGGCGACGACGCGAAGCUUGCUUCGUACUGGACGCUAUAUUGGACUACUCGAGCACUUCCAGCCGCUAUUGACUUCUUGGAGAAAGAAGUAUCUAGAUCCUUGCAAACUCAAGGUCGGACUGCACGACAUGUUACACAUAGAGUAUCAGUAUGUUCGCAUAUAUACAAACUCGUUGGGUAUGCAGGCUGUUGUCGAACGCACGCUUGCCGAGACCGACCCUGAUGUACCUCAAGAAGACAACCUUCCUUUCAAUCUUGAGCCACGGGACUAUGACUUCAUUCAGGAAGUUGUGGAUGGAAGUUGUCAGAUACUACAAAAAGUCUGCCAGCUCUCAGAGACAGGAGCUCUUCGCUAUUCACCAGUCAGGAUAUUCUUGCGCAUCACGACUUCGUCGAUCUACCUUAUCAAGGGUCUGAGUCUAGGAUCGCGUAAUCAAAAGCUGCAGUCAUCGCUCGAUAUUUUAGAUGCAGCUAUCCGUGCUCUGCGAGCAAGCACUCUGGAUGACAUGCACCUAGCUUCGCGGUACGCCACUUUACUCGACUUGCACGUUACGCGUCUCCGAGAGAGCUUCGUAGUGUCAUCGCGGCCUCCACGGCUCCCAUCGCGCGCUACAUCUGCAGACCUCAAAAGCGCGACCACAGGCAUGGAUUUCCUGAACAACCACAAUGCAGGCCAGUCGAGCCUUUCAUCUCUCGCAGAGAAUGUGACUGGUCUCAUGCCAGAUGAUGACUGGCUUGCGCUACCUUUUGAUCCGGCGAUGGCGCCGUUUGGGCUCGACCAUCAGCAAAGUUUCCAGGGCUUCGAUGAUGGGACGCUGGACUUCAUAUGGAAUUUACCCAUGUAAGGUGUAUGAUUAAUAAAUCGAUGAUCGAUGUUAGAUGAGAUUGUGAGGAUGCACAUGAUACGACAGGACUAGUAUAAUAUAGAACAAGGAGAUGAAGUGAUUUGAGAACGCCAGGAAAUGCUACCGCUAACUAUAUUCUCAUGUCAAAUUACCCCUCAAUUCCUGCUCGCGCUCAAUAGCUUCGAAUAGUGACUUGAAAUUGCCCGCACCAAAGCCAUCGAAGUUAUUCCGCUGGAUGAUCUCAAUGAACACUGUUGGCCGAUCCAUCAAAUGCUUCGUGAAGAGCUGUAGCAAGUAGCCACCCUCAUCAAAAUCAAUGAGAAUGUCCAGACCCUUCAGUACCUCAAAGUCUUCGUUUAGCGACAACCCCGCC